GACGAAGAUGACGAAUUCUAUUGUGAUGCUUGCGAGAAAAAAAGAGACAAAGAAAAUCCAGUUUAUUACUGUGUAAGCUGUAAAUUUAUUGUUGAAACUGGCUGUGUCAUCUCCGCGCUGUUACCAUGCUUAAGCCGGAGCACCACCAUUUCCAUAGAUAAAGAUAUUUCUAGAGGCGAGGCUGGGCUUGCAGAGCUAGACGAAAUAAUCGCAAAACUUAAAGAAAAGGCAGAGCCUCUAAAAUUAGAAUUAGAGAAAUUGCGAUCAAGUUUACAGGAAGUUGAAGACCAACUAGAGCUAAUAACAUGGGAACUAAAUAAACUUGAGGAACAUCGUUUCCUGUACAGUUACGAGCUUCAGCGAAAGAAAAUACGGGCGGUACAUGUCUCGGAUGUACAAGUCCUCUCUCGACUAUGGCCAUUUUGCUCCAAUCGCUCCGCCAGAUAAUUCAGUUAUGUGAUUCCUGAAACAACAUUUAUUACGGUCACUCAAGAACCAUCUUUAUUGUAAUUAUUAUUUUUUUUAUUUUUUUAUUACUUGGGCCUUAUCAGAUAUCAAUUAGUUCUUUGGAACCUUCUUUUGUAGAGGCCCAAUAGCCAGGAACCAGUCCAGCUAAGUAAUUAAAACUUAGAAUGAUCAAAACAUUAGGUUAAGCAAUCUAAAAAAAGAGAAAGGAAAACAAAAAAAACAAAAACAUUAAACAAAAUAAAAAAAUAAAAAGAAAAGAGAGCCAGCUGGGCAUGGCUCAGUAGGGUCGAGUCUGAGGUGAGAUCAGAUAUAAAAAGCUGACCUCAUUCCAGAUUAGGGUAAUUUCAGAAAAUUUGAAACAAAAAAAAAUUUUAGGAAGAAUUCAAAACCUUUAAUAAAAAGUGAAAAAAGAUAAAAGAAUUGAAGAUAUGAGUGAAAAAAAGGGCAAUCUACCAGCUAAAAAUAUACCCAACAAAAAACAAACACGAGGAAAAAAACAGAAAAACAAAUAAAAAUGAAAGCCAAUGGUUUAGCUUUUUGGUUUUUGUUCUGUUAGUAGGGUUUUGAAUAUUUAGGAGUUUAGAAGGUGAGAAAUCGAAGAUAGGCACCGUUGAACAGAAAAGAAGGGCGGCGGGUUAAGGAGACGCUCCAUCCAUCCAUCCAGGAAAAAGGUUGGAUUGCUCCUUCCAUCCCAUUUCAGUUUUUCCAAGGAACAAUAACUCUUGUUUUCGUUAAUUUAGAAAAGCAGUAAAAGAGAGAUGGAUUUCAUUAAACAUUUUCUCCAUAGACAUCCUCUGUCGUUCAUCGACAAGGGAAACGAAGAGCUUUGCUGCAGUCGAUGUCUGAAAUACUUAUCUGGCCCGACGUAUGGUUGCAGCAGGUGUAACUUUUUCAUCCAUGAUCACUGUGCUGAGCUUCCACCCAAGAUUGAACAUUUCUUGCACCCAUGCCCUCUUGUCCUCAAGGUUUUACCGCUUCCCCUUGUCUAUAAUUGUAAUUUAUGCAUCGAACGUGGCGCUGGUUCUAGCUAUCGCUGCGAGGAAUGUAAUUUUGAUAUGCAUGUUGAAUGCGCCCUAAAGCCCACCAUGAAAUCAGAGGGUGAGGAGCUUAUCCAGCACUUCACUCACUGGCAUCCUUUACAACUUGUUCUUGAGAAGAAAAAGGAAGAAGAUCAAGUUUGUUGUUUCAUAUGUCAAAAGCUGUGCUCUGGUUCUGCAACUGCUUAUGGCUGCAAGCAAUGCGAAUUUUUCCUCCAUAACUCUUGCAUGACCAGCAUUCCACGAAAGAUCAAUCAUUUCUUCCACCCAUGCCCUCUCAUUUUGCUCACAAGUCCAUUCAUUUACACGUGUGGGGGUUGUGAUGAACGUGGCUCAUUCUUGACAUUCAGCUGCGGAAGGUGUUGUUUUCAACUAGACGUCAAAUGCGCCUUACUUCCCACUGUAAAAUCUGAAGAUGCCAAGCAGAUUCAACAUUUUAGUCACCAGCAUCCACUAGCACUCUGUGAAAGCAUAAAUGGCAGUGAAGUUCGAUGCAGAGCGUGUGAGGAAAUUUGUUCAGGUCCUACGUAUACUUUUGGUUGUAGCAGAUGCAGCUUCUUUUUUCACAGAUCAUGUGCUGUUGAAUUACCACAACAGAUCCAUCAUCCCUUUCAUUCCAAACACCCUCUCACCCUCUCAGCCUUUCCACUCAAAAAUUUUCAGUAUUAUUGUGCGGCAUGCGGAUUCGAUGUCAGGUCUCUGCUAGCCUAUCGCUGUGACAAGUGCGAAUUUACCCUUGAUAAGGACUGUGCGAAGCUCACACCCUCUUUUAAGUAUGGACCUCACCCACACCUUCUCACUCUUAUUGAUAAAACAGAUCGAAUUAGCUGUGACAUUUGUCGUAAGAAAGCCAACAACUUCUGCCUUCGAUGUGUGGCAUGUAGGUUUAGCAUCCAUCUCCACUGCCAUCUCUCAGUACCAAAAACAAUAAACCAUAAAUGCCACAUACAUCCUUUAACUCUCACAGAUUCUCCUUUUGAAUUUGAAUUGAAUUCACCUCAAGAUGCACAUAACAUGGAUGACGAGUUUUAUUGUGACGUCUGUGAGGAAAAAAGAGACAAAUUCAAUCAAGUUUUUUAUUGUGUAACAUGCAAAUUUAUUGCUGAAACCCGCUGUGUCUUCUCUGUGCUGUUAUCAUUCUUAACUAAUUCAGAUGAGCAGAGUAGAAUGAGCAGCAGAAUCAUUUCCACAGAUGAAGAGAAUUCUGAAAUAGACCCCGUGCUUGCAAAGUUAGACGAAGAGAUCGCAAAAUGUAGAGAAAAGGCAAAGCCUUUCGAAUUAGAAAUUGAGUCCCUGAAAAGAUUAAUUCAGAAACUACAAGCAAGGUUACAGGAACUUGAAGCAAAACUAGAGCCAAUAACAUGGGGACUAGAUAAACUUGAGGAAGAUCGUUUCCUGUACAUGUAUGAGCUAAAACACAAGAUGAAGGGGAAACAUUCGAUUGAAGCUUCACCUUGAGUCUAUCUUGAUCAUGGCAUUGUCAGGUGAACAUUUCAAAAGAGAAGUAGUAUUAUGUUUGAAGAUUGAAGUUAGAAUAUUGUAGCAUCAUUAAAGUUUUUCUACUGAAUUUGACUUGCUGAUGCCCAAAUUUUCAGAUGUUAAUAGCAAUAGUGAUUUUGUUUACUGCUGGGAAGGUGUUUUAGGGCUGUUGACGAUUUGAAAUGUGUUAUAGUGACGCUAACUUCAGGCAGAGGGCUAUGGGGUCUUUGGUUUCUGACACUUGUCUGUUAAAUGUACAAGUUCUUGAAAAAAAAAAUUAUGUUGGGGGACAUGAGAUGGCAUUUUGUUUCAUUUGCUGGGCAGGGCCACUUUGACCCUGUGUAAAAAGAGUAUGAUAGUUAUGAGAGGAUGCUGGAACUAUAGGCUUUUCUAAGGAAGGUGGACUCUUUUGUGGAUAAGUUUUUUCAAUGAAAUUUCUGAAAAAGUUGCUGAUAAGUUGACUAAAGAAGAGGUUUAUAGGUAGCAGGAUCUUCUGCGGAUUUAUGGAACUGGUGAGGAAAACUCUAGCUUGUGAAGUAUCGAAUGUCUUGUAAUCUAUCACCGGGUGGCUGACUUUCUGCUCUUGAAUUGAUGAUUUUUGUGCUACUUGAUUGUCUGUUAAAGUUUUUUUGUGGUAUUAAGGGUAGGAAGGGUCGGGUUCUAUUUUGUUCUACUGCCAGGACUUGAUGUGUUUGUGUAUAGGCAGGAUUGUGCAUGUAUCAGUCAUGGAAAGUGUAUAGUGUCAGAUUUUUGUAUAGUAGAUUUUUCUUGGUAGAUAUGAGUAAGAUUUGGAGAAUAUACCUGCUUUUUGUGCC